UUACCAAAAGGAAACUGUAGAUGCCAUUGAUACUCUUUGUUGUUUACCGGUAAUCUUAAUAUUUUUCAUCAUCUCUUCUUGUCUUCUAAUUAAUUUCAUUCUAAUUUACAAGGUUAUUAACUGUCAACCAACACAAGAGACAAAACAAAAUAAUAAUUGUCAGAUUAACAUGAGUAACAAUCAAGAUUCACCUGUAAAAGCUUAACAAGUAGUAAGAGAAAAAAAAAUUCAACCUUGUUAAUCUUAUCAUUGUCAUUUCUCAUGUUACUUUUACUUUAAAAUGUUCUCCUAUUAAUUCACCAGAGAAUCAUAAAUUCUUACAAUUAACUGGAGUCACUUUAAAUUAUAAAGAAAAAGAGACAGUUAAUUUAAUUAACAAUUACCUUGUUCACUUGGAGAUUUACAAUUGUGUUGUUUUCACUUUAGAAACAAAAACAAAUCCUAACAAUCACUUUCUUCAUAUGAUUAACUGUUUCACCGGUUGAUUGUUUUCCGUUUUAUUUUCACCAUCAAUUAUCUCCAAUAUGUGUGUAUGUCCCUGAUCUUUUCUUCUGGAUGGAAUAAAUCAUUGAAACAAUUAUUAAAUUACAUGAACAAUUAAUUUCCAUUGUUAAAACAUAAUUAAUUUUACUCUGGUGAUCCACUGAAACUCUGCCCUCUGUGAGUAAAGACUAAAAGUUGCCUUGUUAUUGACACAAUUUCUUAUGGUAAAUAAAAGUAAAUUAUGGAAAUUCAAUUUCUAAUCAAUCCACAAUUAAUUGGAUUUAAUAUUCGCCAUACAAUCAGUUGUAAUCAAUAACCUUCUCAUCAAUUAACUCAUCAUUUUCUCUACUUGUAUUGUGAAUAAUUAUCCUUCUACUUUUUGUUUUCUUCUUCUCUACGAUCAUUUUCAUUUUUAUUUUCUCUUUCUAUCUUUUUACUUUUCUCUGUCUUUUUGUCUUUCUUUUCUUCUGUUUCUGUUUCUCUUCAUGUUUAUUUUGUUUCUUUCGGUUUCUUUUUCCAAUGAGAAAAGCGAAUCGCGUUAAUUUCCAGUUAAUUGUUCACCAAAUUUGAGAAUUUCCAUUAAUCAACCAUGGGAUCCAUUCAGGCCAUUGUUGAUUUCUCCGUUGAAUUGAAUAAAUUUGUGAACAUUAACCUAUUCCAACGAGGACUAUAUCAGAUUCGAGUUACUCCUAAAGUUGGAUCUAAAAUACCUCAUAAAGUGGAAGUUAAUUUUACCGAUGCUCGUUCCAAUCAAACCUCUGCAUCCAUGAUAAAAACCCAAUCGGAAAACAUUGUAUUUCCUCCAUGUAUUAUCAAUGGUUCCGCUGUUAGUAAAACAUUCCCGAUUAUGUUUAAAAAUGAAGAGAUGAUUUUAAACGAUGUUAUCAAUUUUAAAAUUCACCUUUUAGUUGACAUUUCUACUGCUGUUGAAGUAAUUAACAAGACAAUCUUUCUACUCGAUGUUGAAUUAUGGUUUACAGAUCAAGACUACGUUCCAAGUCAUUCAUCAACCUCCGUUGAAUGUGUUGCCUCUCGCCAGUUAAUCCUUCACUUUGACCUUUUCCGUGGUCUCCAUUAUCAUUUACCUGUAAUCUUUGAUUAUUUUCACCUUUCUGCCAUAACGAUUACCAUUCAUGUCCUGAUUACCCUUUGCUUACCAUACAUGUUAAAACCAAGUAAACAGAAAGGAAACGGUAAAGAUUCAAGUGAAUAUGAAACCCAAAGUUAUGAUAUUUUACUGUUUGGCUGUUCACUUAAUUCAUUUCCCGAUCUUGACAAAAUGGGACCAGAAAUGAAGGCCUUACGAAUGAGACGAGCUCAAUUAAUCCACUGGCAAAUGUGUUCAAUAAUGUUAACCGCCAUAAUUAAGCUACGUAAAAAAUUAAGGGAAUACAUAAACAUGUUACCACCCUGGAUUCAGGCGAAAUACGUUAAACUUGAUUUAUCUUUUUCAACCAAAAAUCUAAGCGGAUUAGCAAAAAAAUGCUACCAAAGUUCAAUUGAAAACUUUUCAAAUACCUCAUCUACUCCAAUCAUUUCAUAUCAGAAUUCAACCUUUCCCCGUGAUUCAAAUAUCAAUGAUUUUAUCAUAAAAUCAUCAUCUUCCUCAUCUUCUUCAUCCUCAUCCUCAUCCUCUUCAUCUUCCUCAUCAGCUUCAUUCACAAAUUCAUCCUCAUCACAUCUUAAUUAUAGCCUAUCCCCAGACCGUCCAGACGAUUAUGUGACUCUAGUUGAAAAUGACAUGGCUCAUAUUUGUAGUUUUGCUAUACUUUUAUGGCAAUCAUUUCUUAAAAUUGUUACUCACAAUGAUAAAAUAAUUCAAUAUCUAGCAAAGGUACAUCAUCUUCAUCGUAUUAAACGAUUUUCGGAAGCCUUUUUUACCAUAGAGAAACCAAAGAAAUCAAUUUACUCAAUUUGUGACCAAAACACUGCCCUUUUCAAUGAGAUAAGUGACCAACUCAGGAAAUCAUCUUACCUCACCCUGUUGCCUCAGUGUAAUGUUGAGUGUCUUGCAAUGGAUGGUGAUGCAAAUACAUUGCCAAUAAUUUACGAGGAACAAUUUGAUUCUGAAUCACCACAAUUACUUCAAUCAUCAUCCAAUUCAUCACUUACUACUCUUUCCUCUUCAAUAAGUAGCGAAAGAGAAUCGGAACAAAUGUUACUCGAAGCUACGGCAAGUUGUUCAACCUCAACCAAUGGACAUGGAGGUAAAAAGAAUCUUCGAGAAAAAUUUCUCAACAAUUUAAAUCGUCUCAAUUUUGGCUACAAUAAAGGAAAAGAGGAAUACUCACCAAUCUCUAGUCGUGGUGGUGGAAACGUUGCUGGUUAUGGUAAUAGUAAAAGAUCAGAAAAAGUAUGUUACUCACCUUACCUUCCAAAUAGUACCAGUGCCACCGAAAUACAUUCCAAUGUUACUCUACUUGGCUUUAGAAAAUUUGACCAUGAGAUAAUCGAACCAUCGGAACCUUGUCAUUCCUCAUCAUCUUCAUCUUCGGAUUACAAUUCAGUUUCUUCAGCUUUCAAAGCGAUCAAAAAUAGUGAAUCUUUACCCGAUCUCAAUUCGAGGAUAAAAGCAACAGCCAAGAAAAGCUCCAAGCAAUUUCAAUUAGCUUUCUCAUCGUUAAAAAUUAGCGAAAGUUCAAAUAAUUUACUCAACACUCCAGUUAAACCGCCUGAAAACUUUCGUGAUAAAACACUGAAAAAGAAAUUAUCUGAUGAACGGAAAUCAGAUACUCCAGAAUUUCAAGGUACCGUUUAUUUCCCAAAGCCACCAAUUCAAUUCACUGAACAAGCUGAUGAAAGUGAUCCAGAUAAUAAUAAACAAGAUGGCGGUGAAAUUGAAGAAGGAGCUGAAGCCAAUGAAGAAGACAGUGAAGAGGAUCUUUUAACUCCUAAAGCGGAAAAUCCUCCAUUCACCAUAACCAGUGAUAAUAUUCAUCUAUUAACAAAUCAACAAUCUAAUCAUAAUCAAGCCAACCAAUCAUCUAACGAUAAUUUCAAUACUUUGACUGAUGUUAAUGGUGCAGUUCGAUAUCGCCAAAAAACCAAAAUAAAAGUCGAACCACGACAAGCAACUACUGUCGAUAGUAAUUGUAGCAUACUUGAUAUCCUUAAGAAUAAUGAAUGUUUCAUUUGUGGGGAUACAAAGUGCUCCUGUUCAGCUGGAGAUGAUGAAGAACCCAUGCCAAGUUUGAAGCGCCUUUCAGCAAUAACCUCUGACCUUAUAACUUUCGUUAAAAGUAAAGAAGAUUUCAGAACUUUGACUGACCUUAAAUCUCGCGGAUGGAACAUUUAUUCCGAUUUUACUAGUCUUGCCUCCCGAAUACCUUAUUUCCAAUGUGACCCCGAUUUAAGAGCCUUCAGCACUGAUGGCCUUCAUCUCGUUGUCUGUGUCCAUGGACUGGGGGGUAAUAGUGCUGAUCUAAGAUUGGUGAAAACAUAUCUCGAAAUUGGACUGCCAACAACAAACUUUGAAUUCUUAAUGUCCCAGAAAAAUCAAGGUGAAACUUUUGAAAGUUUCGAUGUGAUGACCGCUCGACUAGUCCAAGAGAUUAAUUAUCAUAUUGAAGUGUACGCUCUUGAUCCAGCCAAAAUAAGUUUCAUUGGUCACUCACUUGGUAAUAUUAUCAUUCGAGCUUGUAUAUCUCAUCCGGAAAUGUACCAAUGGCGAUCAAAAUUUUAUACCUUUUUAAGCCUCUCUGGACCUCAUCUCGGUACAGUUUACAAUAAUAAUGGACUGGUCAAUAUGGGUUUAUGGUUCAUGCAGAAAUUGAAAAAAUCAGAGUCUCUUCUUCAACUCUCCAUGAAAGAUUCACCCGAUCCCCGUCAAACUUUUCUGUACAAAUUAAGCCAAGAAGCGGGUUUACAAUUUUUCCGAUACAUUUUAUUAUGUGGCUCAUCUCAAGAUCAUUAUGUUCCCAUACAUUCAUCUCAUAUUGAAUUAUGUACACCAUGUAUCAAUGAUACAUCCAUAAUAGGAAUCUCAUAUCGAGAGAUGGUUACGAAUCUGCUUCAUCCUAUAGUAAAAAAUGGCCACUCAAAGUUAAUCCGAUAUGAUGUUCAUCACGCUUUAUCAUCCAAUGCCAAUUCAAUUAUUGGUCGAGCGGCUCACAUUGCUGUCCUUGAUUCUGAGCUAUUCAUUGAAAAGUUCAUGGUUACUGUUGGUCUUAAAUAUUUUGUCUGAUCGAUUAUUUUACUCAUUAUCAGCUCUAUCAUCUUCAUCUGAACAUUGAUAUUUUGUUCCAUUGUGUUGAAUUCGUAUUGAUAUAAACUUAGAUUUCGAUCUCUCUCUCUCUCUCUCUCUCAUACUCGAUAAUUGAAACUCAAAGUAACAAAUCCAAUUUGAAAUUAGAAACUUACGUUUCUAUCAUCAUAAUCAAUAAUAACGAUUAUAAUUAUCAUAAUUCAAUAACAACAAUGACCAUUCAUGAUAGUAAUGAUUAUCACCGCCAUUAACACAUCCUCCUCUUCAUCUUCCUCUUACUCCCACGCCUCCUACUUUUUUACUUGAUCCCUUUUUUGUUUUUCAUUUCCAAUAAUGUAAUUAAUCUCAAACAAAACUGGACACUCCCAAUUCUGGACAGAGAGGGAUAAAAUAUUAUCAUUUUCACUCCCAACGAAACAUUGAAAAUGUAAUAUCACUUUCCCUUUGCCGUUAACUUGACACACACAAAAAAAGUGAUAUUGAUCCUGAUACCAUAAGACUGAGCCAUUGGUAGGAAAUAGUACAUCUUACUACCAUUAUCGUCAUCUUUAUCUUCAUCAUCAUUACCAAAAAGUCAAAACUUUAUGAAAGAAAAAGUUCUAAACAGAAACAACUUUGAAUAAUAUUACCGUUAUCUCAGGAUUUUUCUUCCUGAAUGAAUUUCAAAUGAAUGAAUGAAUUAUCAAUCAUUGAUCAUCGCCAAGUUAAAGCGCCAUUGAUAAAUGAUGAUAAUCAUAAUGAUAAAUCAUAAAGACCAGACUGAUUAGUUAUCAUCAUCAUCCAAUGGACAAUAAUCCGAUAAUCAAUAUUUCUGAUAAUCUAAUUUUUAUUUCGUAUCUCUGAUCGUUUAAAUAUUGUCAAAAUUGAAAAAAUCUUAAAAAGUACAAAUAUAAUAAUAAUUUACUAAUUAACGAACUUAACUUUGAUGAGGAAUCAUUUCUAUUAAGUUAAAUGUUAUGAAAUUCACCCUGAAAGUUUGAUAAUUGAUGAGUAAUUAUCAAUUCAUAUCGACAUUAAAUCAUUAUCAAAAUAAAGAGUUAAUUUCACUACGAACUAUUCAAAAUUGUCAACUUGAUUGUUUCAAAUGGAAUCAUUAACAAUUGUAACAAUUAAGAUUCAUUUAAAUUUUUGUUAUCUAAUUGUGUCUCAUUGUUGUUCUCAAUUUAAUCAAACUGAUUCACAAAAAUAAAUGUAUUGGCCCAAAAUAAUUAAAAAAUGAUGUGACAAUUAAUAAA